CUUGCAAAUGUACUACUAAAAUUCAACGAAGAUAUCUUCAAAAGGCUCUGCCAGCUUCCAAGAACCAGAUGAUCGAUGUAUCAGGCACAAUCCACUUCGGAGCAGAUCAUCACUUAACAUAAUGUCUGUAUUCCGUCACAGCAGUUCAAUCCUCCUCAAGCAAAGUACCUUUUGCCGAACACCCAAAUUCCUCUACGCGAAGGUUCAUUAUCGAGUGGCCUCGAGCGACUCUCUAAGCGCCCACCACGCAUGUUCCAAACCCUGCAGCUUGUCCUUCAGCAACCAUGAUAAGAAGAAACACAGUCAUCAACUCCAUCCACAAAACCAGCCCCGUCUCCAAAAACACCCCACCAACAUGCUCCGCCGCAUCACCCCCCGCCUAACCCGCUACCUCACCGCCCACCCCAAACGAGCAGCCUUCCACACCACCAACAUCCUCCUCGCAGUCCCAGGAGUCAUCACAACUCCGCUCUUAACAGCCGUUGGAUUCACCUCUGACGGCGUCCGUCCAAGUAAGAACGCAACCUCACCAAAGUACCUACUCAGUUUACAAAUCUCCAUCUCCCACAGAAUCCCUUGCGUCUGCCUGGCAGUCAUCCACAAAACCAAUUCAGGCGGACAGCGUAUUCGCAACGUGCCAAUCUGCUGCGGCGAGUUUUCUGUUCUGUGUUUGUCUGCACUGCUGAUUGGAGUAGAGGGGUGGAGAGGGCGGGGAGAGUGUCGCGACUUUCGCGCGUGGAACUGCUGGUGUGGCGGAGAGCGUGGGGUUCGUGAUUUAUAUGGGUAUGCGUGCGAGGAGGUGGUGGUGUUAGGGGAUCGGGGGUUGGAGUACUUUAGUGGGAUGCGAGUAAGGCUGAUGUGAGAGUGUGAUGGGAUGUGAAGUGAUGUGGAGGGAGGCUCUGGUUAGUCGAAAUACUGGGAAUAAAGAUACAGUGACAACUACGUCUAGGAUUGC